AUGCGCCCACGUCACGUCGAGCACCGUGUAUUCCGCAUUCGUGUGUUGGGCUCUUAUCGUUUCUUCGUCUGCUACCGGCAGUCCGCGAAUACACGCACCGACGAACGUCCGCCACCGCCGUCGACCAUGAUCCGCGGAUCGAUCGUGGCCGCCGUCUUACCGUUACCGCCGCAGCCGCCGUCUUUGUUGUUGUUGUUGUCGUUGUCGUUGUCGUUGCCGUUGACGAGCGCCGGGUCGACCGCCCUGAGGCGGCCGGUGGAGAUCCGCGCGGCCGUCAUACUGCCCGCCGAGUCCAAGUUCAUCACCACGCUGUCCAAGGUGAUGCCCGUGCUGGACAUCGCCGUCCGCGAUCUGUACGCCAAGGGCAUACUCCGGGAGACGGACGUCACGUUCAGGUUCAUGCAAAAAGACGACAAGUGUGAGGACAUCGAGGCCAUGCGCUCCGGUUUCGAGCUGAUCAUCAACGGCCGGGUCGACCUGUUCCUGGGACCCACUUGUGAUUACGGCGUCGAUCUCGUUGCCCGGAUGAUCAAGUUUUGGAAUGCACCAUUGCUCACGACGGGUGGUUUUACAAAUGAUUUUUCAUUGGACAAACGAGAUCCCAAAAGCAAGUAUUUCCUAUUAGUGCGUACAGGCACGUUAGAUUUCCAGGACAUAGCGGACGUGGUGCUCAGCGUUUUAAACAGGUAUUCGUGGAAGAACGUAUUACUCAUAUACGACAUUGAUGGCUACUGGAAAGUAUCUGGAAAACAGUCUUGUGGAUUGAUGACAAAAACUCUGGUGGAGAUGUUCAAAGGAAAUGCGAGUAUUAGAUACGAUGCAUUCGAUUUGGCGAAAAACCCGCAGAACAACCUGACGGAGAACUUGCGCAACGAGGUCGGUUCUAAGCACACAAUUAUGGUGGUGUGUGCCAAUCCGUUAACGGUCAGGGAAAUACUGUUGGCCGCCGAUGAACUCAACAUGAUUGAUAGUGGAGAAUACGUGUUUUUCAACAUUGAGCUGUUCAGCAGCCUGAACAACGGAUCCUUGACGCCGUGGUACGUGGGCAACGACACAGCGGAGCGGAACGAGCGGGCGAAAAACGCGUACAGCGCACUGCUCACGGUGACGGCACGUGAGCCCAACAACGAAGCGUAUCGCAACUUUUCCGUCGAGGUGAAACGCGUGGCGGAGGAAAAGUACAACUAUACGUUUGGCAACGAGUCCGUUUCGACGUUCGUGACGGCGUUCUACGACGCUGUAUUGCUGUACGGGCUGGCGCUCAACGAGACGCUGGCCAAGGGCGGCAACCAGUCCGACGGGACGGCCAUCGUCAAGGCCAUGUGGAACAAGACGUUUACCGGCAUCACGGGCGACGUCAAUAUCGACGCGAACGGCGACCGGAUCGCCGACUAUUCGCUGCUCGACAUGGACCCCGAGACCCACAAAUUCAAGAUAGUGGCGAACUAUAUCGGAAAAAAUCAAUCGUUAGAAUACGUGUCGGGCAUGAGCAUCCACUGGGCCGGUGGCAGAACGAGCCCACCACCGGAUAUACCGGAUUGUGGAUUUGACAAUUCUCUCUGCAAAACAAUGCCUGGUUAUGCGAUACUCAGUAUAGUCCUCAGUUCAGUUGUAGUGAUCCUAGCAAUAGCUUCAGCUCUAAUAUACAGACAUUAUAAACUUGAAGCUGAAAUUGCGUCUAUGACGUGGAAAGUCAAUUACAACGACAUCAUAAGAGUGCCGCAGGAAAAAUGGAGAACGAGCAUGGCAAGUCUCAUUAGAAGAAACAGCCAAAGGACCGUCAUAUCAGAUGACCUCAUGAGCCUCAUGAGCCAAUGUGACUACGGACGCCAAAUAUUCAUUCAAACGGCAUUUUACAAAGGUAAUAAAGUAGCACUAAAAACUUUAAAGAGAUCACGCUUGGAGUUGACGCGUCCUCGGCUACUGGAAUUGAAAAGGUUGAAAGAUUUACAUCAUGACCAUUUAGUGCGAUUUUAUGGAGCAUGCAUAGAGCCCAAUUACUGUUGUCUACUGACCGAGUAUUGUCCCAAAGGAAGUUUACAGGACAUUCUCGAAAAUGAACAGUUUAAACUGGAUUGGAUGUUCCGGUACAGUCUGAUGCACGACAUUGUCAAAGGAAUGUGCUAUUUACAUAGUAGCGAACUCCGUUCUCACGGGGGUCUCAAAUCUAGCAACUGUGUGGUUGAUAGCAGAUUUGUUCUUAAAAUUGCCGACUUUGGUCUUAGAAGUCUUCGAAACAACCAUACAAAUGAAUCGAAUAGCGACAGUGAUUCUUACGCAUACUGGAAAGGAUUCUUGUGGACCGCCCCGGAACUGUUGCGGAUCAGACAUCCACCUCCAGAAGGCACGCCAAAAGCAGAUGUCUAUUCGUUUGCCAUAAUCGUCCACGAGAUCGUCACCAGGCAGGGGCCGUUUUACCUUGGAAACGUCGAAUCGCUGUCGCCCAAAGAAAUCGUGGACAGCGUGAAGAGCAAGGAAAAAUGCCUAAGGCCAAGUGUAGCGGAUUUAAGCUGUGACGAGGAGGUGGGUGUGCUAAUGAAACGAUGCUGGACCGAAGACCCCGCCGACCGACCUGAUUUCACCACACUCAAAGCAGUCAUACGGAAAUUAAACAAGGACUACGAAAGCAACAAUAUUCUUGACAACUUGUUAUCUCGCAUGGAGCAGUAUGCCAACAAUCUAGAAGCGUUGGUCGAAGAGAGAACUGCAGACUAUUUGGAAGAAAAAAGAAAAUGCGAAGAACUACUGUAUCAAUUGCUUCCAAAAUCAGUUGCUAGUCAGUUGAUUUUGGGACAGUCUGUGGUGGCUGAAACUUAUGACAACGUGACAAUUUACUUCAGCGACAUCGUAGGUUUCACGUCUCUGAGCGCCGAAAGCACUCCACUCCAAGUGGUAGAUCUGCUCAACGAUCUUUACACGUGUUUCGAUUCUAUAAUAGAGAAUUUCGACGUGUACAAGGUCGAGACCAUCGGUGACGCGUACAUGGUCGUGUCCGGACUUCCGGUUCGCAACGGCAACUUACACGCCCGCGAGAUAGCCCGAAUGUCACUCGCCCUGCGAUCAGCCGUUCACAGUUUCACCAUCAAACACAGACCAGACGAUCAACUCAAGUUGCGUAUCGGCAUGCACACUGGACCUUGUGUGACCGGAGUGGUCGGACUUAAAAUGCCCAGAUACUGUUUAUUCGGAGACACGGUCAACACAGCUUCGAGAAUGGAAUCCAACGGACAAGCGUUGAAAAUCCACGUGAGCCCGCAAACAAAAGAAGUGCUAGACACGUUUGGCACGUUCGACUUGGAACUCAGAGGCGAAAUCGAGAUGAAGGGAAAAGGAAAAGUGACGACGUACUGGCUGUUGGGCGAGAAAACUCCAACCACCGAAAUCGCACCUGUACUGCCGGUAAAACCGAUCGGAUCGUUUUCGAAAUUGCACGCCGCCAACAGCGUCGGGUCGUCGUCCACCAAGUCCGUGGCCAACAGCAUAGCCAACCACAACAAUAUCAGCGCGUCCACGCCGCUCUUGCAAGGCGACAACGGCUAAGAAGAUUCGUCCGAUUUAGUAUUAUUUAUUUUAAAAUUUUUUUUUUUAUAUACAUACAUAUAAAUAAUUAUAUUAUUACUAUAGUCACUCAGGAAAACAACCGUCACCUCCCCCCCCUCCCCUCUCCAUCGAACCAUCUACGCCACUUCACCCACCCUGCAACAACGAUCGCUACCGAUCGACUCUCGUUUAUUCAAACGGUAAUAUGUACGCAAUACGCAUUUUCGUGUUUAUAGUACUUACUGUAUAUUAUUAUACUGUCUGCUGCAGUCUAAAACUUUCCUUCUCGGUCGCAAACCCCUCUCCGUUCGUCGUCCGUUCGCACUCACCCGCAGUCGCGAUUUUCGUCACAGACGCACGUCGUACCUACGUAAACGCUCUGCAGACUAUAUAAUAAUAUCGUCUGUUCGCGACAAAAGUCGGCUUCGGCGGCAGACGGUUUAAAUAUAUAUAUAUAUUAUAUACCUAUUGCCUAUAUUAUGCUCGAAUAUAGAUAAGUCGCGGAUAAACGAAAAUCGAUAGUAAAAGAAUUUCACCGUUGGCGCGUAGAGGCAGUUUAGUACAAUGACGUUAUGACAGGUCAUACUCCGCAGUCAAGUUAGAGUCGGACGACCAUCUCUCACGACGACGAGUAAAUAAUAAUAUAUAAUAUAUAAUAUAAUAUUAUUAAAUGGACCGACGACGACUGCCGAUGUGGUCUCUCCUUGCACAGCAGCUGUCCAGACGAAAAUCUUGCCAAUUCAAACAAUGUUGCGAACACUAUAGGGGUAUAUCUACUAAAUAAAAUAUAUUCCGCGGUGGGAUGAUGAUAAUAUUGUACAGCGCACUACGUGAUCAAGUCCGGUCGUGCGAUGUGCGCAGCUGCAUGUAGUGUAAUAUUAUAAUUAUAAUGUCAUACGAUAUUAAAUUGCGUAAUAACGUAGUUGAGUGAGUGUGUGUGUAUGACGGUGGAGGUGAUGCUGGUAUGAUGAAGGGGUGGUUUGGGGGGGAGGGGGUCUCUGUGUUUAGUGGUAUGGCGAGCGUGUGGGUACGAGGUGGUCGUAAACUGCAUAUAUUACAUAGAUGGGUAGUAUUUUAUGGUGCGACUGUGGGUGUCUGCAAAAUCGAAUGGCAACGUCGCGACCAAAGGAUGACGACGAUAAUAAUUAUUAUUGUAUCCACCGCGAGCGGAUGAUGCGUAUGUAGGUACCUCACUACCAGUUUUAUGUGACCGUCGGUACCGCGAUGAAUAGUUCGCUUCAGCGGCCAUUAUAAACACUGCAGCCGAUGAUCACGAAUUAUUUCAUGAUAACCACAACAUGAUGAUAUCAUCAUUUUAGAUGUACACCAGUCGAAGUUCUUCGCGCACAAGAAACCCCGGGCUGUAAUGACGAUGUGUGUAAAGACUAUAAUAUUAUUAUAUGGACGAUCCAUUGUACCGUGUUCUAGGUGCGUGUAAUAUGGUUGUAUAGCGGUAUAAUAAUAUCCGCGGUGGUGCUUUGAUUUGGGGGGGGGGGGGGGAGCGCAAGCGCAAUUUGUCAGUAAAUAUUUAUUAUCGUUAUCCGUCGUCAUCCGUUGUUAUAAUCCCAUUCGGAAUCGUAAUUACCUCUACCUAUACUAUGGACAACACUAUAUUAUAUACACGUGUAGUUACGUGAGCGUGAUAAUAUAUAGUAGGUACCUACCUGUAAGAUCGUGAUUGAAGUCGGCGGUUAUGAGGGAAAAGUGGUCGUAAACAAUAAAAAAAACUACCCCGUCCCAGGCGUUGUAAUCGCCACAAUGCCUAAUUUAUAAUAUUGUAUAUAAUAAUAGGAUUAGAUAAUAUAAUAUUAUGUACGUUGGCGGGCGGUAGGAACAAUAAUUGUCCGACGACGGAUAAUGUUAUGUGACGACAUAUUAUUUUAUUGUUAUUAUUAUUAUUAGAUUUUAAUAUUUUCUCUUUGUGGCGUGCAAGAGUGCACACUUUCAUUGUACUUAAAAGUAACUUAUAUUUCCAUUUUAUAAAAAUAUCAUAUUAGAUAUAUCAAUAUAAUAAAUCAAGUAGAUUAGAUUUUAAUAACAUAUUAUAGGUGCCCGCGAUCUAGGUAUAUUGAUACGUUCAGAUAAACAGCAGACCCUGUGAUAGGUACCUGCACGAGUACGGUAAUUCCUGACUUUCGUUCCAAAAGCUGUGCAAAAUAAGCUAGUUAAAAAGUCAAGAGUGCAGUAUAGGAAGUUUUUUUUCCUGUAAAUUGUGUUUCAAUUACUUAUUGAUUAAAAAAUUAAUUUACACAAAAAAAAUAAAGCGUCUAAAAUAUAAUUAUGUUUAUGUUCGGUUAUGUAAUACCUACAAUUUUUUUUAACUAUACACACUUAGUUAUUUCAUCAAAGACAGACAAUUUCGUUAAAAAAAAGAUUGGCAAAAAAAGAAAUAGGUUUCAUAAAAUAUAAUAUGCAGUCUGGGAAUCGUCUGCAGGUUUACUCCGAUGCAGUUACAUAGGUAUUAACAUAAAGUAUUAAAAUAAUAUUUUACAACACAAUUGUUUUUUCAACCAUUCAGUUCCUAACGAGUAACAGUAACUCGAAUAAAAAAAAAAAGAAAAGUGUAUGAUCCGACUACCAAACUGCGAACCAAACUAAACUUGGUUCAUAUUAUUUUUCUGAAAGCGUAAUAACCGAACUAUACGGUUAUUAGAUUCCAUUUUCAUAUCGUAAAAUAACUUUUAACCGAUGCUCUCUCUAAAAAAAAAAAAAAACGACAAAAAAAUUUAAAGUACUCGCCUAAGAUUCGUCAAAGCUUUGCUCGUUAUUCCACACAUGCAUAUAAUAUAAUAUACUAUAGGUGCGAACCUAUAAAUUAAUAAAUAAUGCCAGGCAGACAAUAUGACGUGGUGCGUCCAACCAUCGUUACGAUAAUUUAUUUACUUAUUAUCAGUUAUAAAAUAUUAUGUAACGAUACAUAAAUAUGGUACAUCAUAGACCAGCAGCUCAUCCAACUAUAGAUAUAAUUAGGUGCUGUUUUUUUUUUUCUUGUACUUGCAAUAAAACGCUAGUUAUAUUAUACGGACACCGUCGGGGUUGUUGUUUGUACCUAAAAAUGUCCUUCCCGCGGGUCUGGAUUUCAUAAUAUUAUUUCGAUCGCGUCGACGUUGCUGUCAGUGUUAUUAUUAUUAUGUAGGUAUGCGACGGUGGUAAAAUGAGUAGACGAUCGAAAUUAAAUAGAAAACCGUAGAAGCAUGCCAAUUGUUAUUAUUACAUUAUUAUGUUAUUGAAAUUAAAUUAUUCUGUAAAACGGUUCGGUCGAUUAGGUCGCAUAGGCACCAAAAACAACAGCGGCGGAGUGUUAUAAUUACUUAUAGUUCUGCACCGUAUUAUUAUAUAACUACUAUGUGUUAUUGAUGUUAAUUUAUCGACGAGAUACGUAGGAAAGUUGUGUAGGUAUUAUUAGUAUUUUUUAUACGUAUUUGAUCGUUCUUGUAAUAUAUAAGAGACUCUCUCUCCGUCUCGUCCCCCUCCUCCUCCUCCUCCACCCCCCCCCCCCCCCCAAUCACCAUUUUAUACAAUUUGUUUUAAUGUCUGAUAAUAUUUACAUUUUACAUUAGUGACACGUUCCAUUAUUAUUCGUAUUACAUAGUAUUAUAAUAAUAUAAUAUUAUAGGUACGCUUUUUGUUUUAGUAAUAGUUAUAAUAAUAAAAAUUUAAAAAAAAUAAUUCAUACGUUUUAAGUAUGAGUCUCUAUAUAUAUAUAUAUAUUAUGAUAUUAUUAUUAUGUAUAAAGUUAAAUAUUAUUAUAUUACCAAUGUUAUAUUAUAAUAACAUUUUACCUAUUCGUUUUCAACAACGUGUAAGCUGUGUACAUUCGAUGUGAUUGCAUUAUUAAUAAUAAUAAUAUAAGUUAGUGAUUAAUAUUACUUUAUUAUGUUGUGUUUUUUUUUUAACGCUAACAAUACUUUUGUGGGUACUUAGCAAAAAAAAAUUUUACGUGUACAAUAAUAUCGACAUAAUGUCGUAACAAUGGUAAACUAAGUACUGCAUGCUGCACGUGCUACAAAUAGGCAUGCUUAAGCUUAACACUUUAACAGUUAUUUUUUUUUCUCGAGCAAAAUCCAAGUGUGACAGUAUUGUUGACGCGAGUUUCUUUCAAAACCAUUCAGUAGGUACUUGUUAUAUUAUUAUAUCAGUCGCAUCAAUAGGUCCGUGACGGCCCAGCUAGGAAACUCAAAAUGAUUACAAUAUAAUAUUAUACAGACUCCUUGGAGUUUUAAGACAAUCAUAAUAUCGACAAACAUUAAAAACACAUUAUAUUAUUAUAAUAUAUGCCUAUACAAUUAUUAUUAUUCCGGUUAUGUUACCGCUUUGUGUUGAUUAAAAUAAUAUAUUAAUCGUUAACAUUGUUUUUGUUUUUUUUUUUUAUUCGUGUAAUAAUUUUGUAUUAUGCAUGUGCCUAAUAAGUUGUGUUUAUAACAGUAGUCACUCAUUUUAAAAAAAAAAAAAGCGAAAAAAAGAAAAUUCAUGAUCUCAUAUUGCUCCCUAUAUAGGUACUACAUAAUUGUAUAAGAUAUUACUUAUAUCUAUUGUAAUGCUAUAUUAUAUUAAAUGCCUACAAGUGUAUUAAAUGAUAUUAUAGUUUAUUGAUUUUGUUUUCCUCUUUGUAUUAUUAUUAUAAGUACUAUAUUAUUCUGCUUUUCUUGUUUCUAUUUUAAGUUUUUUUUUUUACGAAAGUUUUCAAUAGGUACCUAAGUAUUAUUUUUUUCUAGAGUUAAUGCUUACAGUUAUUAUUAUAAUAUACUUUCAACGUUAUUACUUACUAGGCACCUAUAUUAUUGUUAUAUAGUUGUACCAAAUAAUAUUAGACCCUAUAGUGUUAUAUCUCGGGUAAAAUUAAAACGUAAUUUGCACAGUUCGCUUUAAUAUUAUAACAAUAUACACGAAUCACAGUCGAAUACAUAAUAUUAUUAUUGUAUAAAAUCAUUAAAAUCAAACACAUUCCGAAAAUGCAUGUUAACAUACCUAAUAGUAUAUAUUAUAUAUUAUUAUAUUAUGAAUUAUUUAAUGAAAUAAAUAUAGGUAGAAUAUUAUACUAUAUACGUUUAUGUACUUCAUUUUGUUAAUAAUAAUGUUUUUGUUUUUAUUCUGUUUUAAUCGUGUCGCUCGUAAGUGUUGUUGAAGAGAAAACGUAAUAGAGAGUACCUAUUGACCAGUAUCUAAUGUAAUUAUACGAAAACAAUGAUAUGUUUAUCAAUGUCUUUGUAAGUGAAUGUAUGUGUGAAACGAUAUUAUAUUAUUAUUAUCAUAUUGUAUUAUAGUUACUAAAUAAAGAAAUUAAGAAAAUGUUUAUGUUACGAUACACAUUAAAAACCAUAUCAAAACGAAUGGACCAUCCUGUGCAUGUAAACACGAGUGAACAUAUAAUGAUAUUAUCGUUGAUUUCUAUUAUAAAUGUCUAAUUAUUAUUAUUAUUAUUAUUAUUACCUAUAUUAUAUUAUUAUGUAUUUAUGUGUACACGUGCGCGUGUGUGUGCGCCUGAAAGUAUAAUUUCGUAUCGAUUUUACUGGAGGACCGAAUAGGAUUAACCGUAGUAAUACAAAAUAUGUGAUUAAUAUCAUACGGAACGAUUUACAACGAAAUGCAUUCCCACACAUUAUUAAUAAAUGGUAUUAAUUUAAUUCGUACCUACUCAUUUCUUGUCCAUGUUCAAAGAUCGGUUUAAGAAUGACACAAAUCUGACACUCGGACGACCAUAUACAUAACAUACAGAUACCUAAAAGUGCCAUAAUAAUAGAAAAUCCUAUUUAUGAAUUCGAAAUCUGUAUAAUUGCUGUUUAUCACUUAGGUAGUCGAUUUUCGUGGUCGUGGUGUUUGACCGUAGAGGCAAUAUAAUUGGUGCAAUUACUUUAUAAAUAACGAAGAAAUCGCAUACCUGACUUAUAAAAAAAAUAUGGGUAUUACUUACGUUCGACUAGAAAACAGUGAUGUGCCGUUAAGGUUAUGCAAUAUGCAUCGUUAUUGUGAUAUUUGUAUUUAUCGCACACAAUGUGAUCUAUAUAGGUUUUGUAUUGUGAUUGCAAUAUUAAUAAAAUAAUAAAAAGUAAAAACAGUUUUAUUCGAUAUCACGAAAAAAAAACAUACCAUAAAGGUUAAAUUUCAGUAAAUCGUUUUGUAAGAUAUUAUGACGCAUUCUAUAGUGUACAUAAGCUAAUGUUUAAGAAUAAUAGGUGAGUAAAUGUAUUCUAUAGUUCUUGUUUGUGUUUUCAUUUGAAAUAAUAAAAUAUAUGUCAGUACUUUAUAUUAUAAUAUAAUAGUUGCAAUAAGUAAACGAA